AUGGAAAAUCAAUCAAUAACACAAUCUACACGCGUGAAAGCUGCAAACCACCCUGUCCUCCUCCCCGACGGAAGCACCAGUGAAAUUGCGGAUGGAAGCGAUUUCCUGCACGUUGUCCGCCAAGACUGCACCAUUCUCCGCCCUGCGAUGACUGCGUAUUGGACCAUUCUUCUUCAGGAAGAUGCUAGGUUCAAAUAUUACCAGCGAGAGCUCUCUGGCGCCAAUAAUGGCCAGAAUCGCGUCCGUUGCGCGUGGGUUGAGGAGGAUCGAAUUGAUACCAGCGAGAAGUUGGGUAUUCCAACAGUCCGACGAGGUUCGCGCAAUGUUUCGCACACAGGAUUGGACUGUCCAGGUGGAAAUAUUUCACUAUGA